AUGGGAUCCAACGCCACAAACAGCAAUACCGGUGACGGCGGUGCCCCUGAUGUCUCUGACAUGCCAUACAACAUGCUGGGGCCCGUGUCACGGGUAUACGUGUCGGAAGCGGCCUGGCAGGCCAAAACGAGGGCUGAGCGUCAAGAAACUCUGGACUUGGAACCCAAGCUCAUCGAAGCGGCGUUGCAGCAGCACCAGGACAACGCCGAAGAAGCUGUGCGGGCUCAGGGUCAGGAAGCCGUGGAUUCGGAGCCCACACCAGCCCAGGCGGCCGAGCAGCAGCAGCAUCAGCACGAAACCGCCAUGGAAGCGAUGAGGGCACGGGCCGAGAUUCGUUGCGCGCAGAUAGAGAUGGAGACCGUCGCCCAUGCUGCUCGGAGCAGCGCGCUAACUCCCGCGAGGUUCAAUUUCGACGGCACCACGGUCGUCACGGUGCGGCAGCGCGAGGUCCAGCAGGUGGAUGGCUAUGCCAACCCGUACGCUUACAACGCGGCGGAUGCUUUCCAAUUUUGAACGGCCAACGAAGAGGGAUAACCGUAACGUUUUCUCUGGAGCGUCACGACGGUCGGGUUUCUUCUCCGCUCCGGCGUUUCGUUCUUCGCUCUUCGGCCAACAAAGAAACAAGUUACGAGAACCUUCGCCUUUUCUAUACCAUUGAAGCAGCAGCAGCAAGUUAAGGAGUAGAGGAGCAGAAGUUUUAGUUUUACCCCCGCCAGGUUUGCAACAAUAUUACAAUUAACUCUGCUGCUGUGUUAAUGUGAUUGUUGUGAUUGAUGUAGGAGGGAUAACGCGGCAAUUCCCUUAGGAUAUGACGGGGUUCAACCCUGUUUUGGGUGUCCGCUGGAAGUAUGUUCCCCGGUAGGAAUGGGCCAUCAGGUCCGUAAUGCGAGUAUCUUCAUGGCCAGCGGCUUUGUCAGCAGGAGAUUUGCCCAUCGCCGUGCAUUCCGCGCAUGUAGAUGCUUGACUUGACACGGCGGUGCCCUGUCUGUCACCUGAAUGCGACAACAUCAUUCGUGUUCGGUGGGAAAGGACCAUUUUCAUUUGGC